AUGACAAACCAUAUAUACCAUACGAUCAAUUUAUCUAUCUCGCUCUGUUCAUUAUCUAUCUAUCUAUCUAUCUAUCUAUCUAUCUAUCUAUCUCGGUCUAUUCAUCUAUCUAUCUAUCUAUCUCGGUCUAUUCAUAUCUAUCUAUCUAUCUAUCUAUCUAUCAUCUAUCUAUCUAUCUAUCUAUCUCGGUCUGUUCAUUAUCUAUCUAUCUAUCUAUCUAUCUAUCUAUCUAUCUAUCUAUCUAUCUAUCUAUCUAUCUAUCUCGGUCUGUUCAUUAUCUAUCUAUCUAUCUAUCUAUCUAUCUAUCUAUCUAUCUAUCUCGGUCUUUUUUUUAUUUAUUUAUUCCUCUCUGUCUGGCUGUCUAUCUCUCCCACCCACUUCUCUCUGUCUCUCUCUAUCUUCUUCUUCUUCUUUUUCUUCUUCUUCAUUUUGAGUCAUUUCCUACGCCAUCAGCAACAUCAUUCUCUUUUAUUUCUCCUUUAUUUCUCUGUCGUACCAGCAAGACUCAAGAGUAGUAAAGAUAUAAAUCGAACUCCUUCUGGUUUUCUUAUCCCACCCCACUUAUCCCUCCCUCUCUCUCUCUCUCUCUCUCUCUUUUCUCUCCAUAGUCUUCUCUUUUUUUUUUCUCCCCCUUCUCUCUUUUUCCCAUCGGCUUCUCUCUUUUCAACGCUAGGAUCGAACGUGUGUGUAAAAGAUUCAUUCAGAUAUUUUUCUUUUUCUCUCACUCACUCAUUUAGCCGAUCGUUCAUUCAUUGA